AAUCAUUUCACACCUUUAAUGUCUUUGGACGGCUAUCAAACAUGACUACUCAGCGAAAGUUUUCUUGUGUAGUUGCUGUGGCGGAGGGUGGAGGAAUUGGAAAAAAUAACACGCUUCCCUGGCGUCUGAAAGCAGAUUUGAAGUUUUUCUCCAAACUCACUUCUGGAGUGCCCACUGAAGGGAAGCAAAAUGCAGUUAUCAUGGGCCGCAAGACGUGGGAAUCCAUUCCAGCCAAAUACAGACCCCUUCCCCACAGAAUGAACAUUUUGUUGAGUAAAAACUUGAGUGUAGCUCCUACAGGUGCCACCCUUUGUUCCAGCCUGCAGGGUGCCUUUGAUCUGUUGUCAACUGCACAACACAUAGACAAAGUGGAGAAAAUAUUUGUGAUUGGGGGAGCAGCAGUUUACAAGGAAGCACUCCAGCAUCCCGCUGCUCAUCGCUUGUACAUUACCCAUGUGUUGAAAGAUUUUGACUGUGAUGUACAUUUCCCAGAAUUUGACAAAACUGUAUUUAGGGAAACAAGUGAUCCAGAUGUGCCAAGUGGUGUUCAUGAAGAUAAUGGAAUCAAAUAUGAGUUUAAAGUAUACCAGCGAGAUAUCUAAUACUGUAUACAAGCUACAUCACAGUGUACACGAAGCUCACUUAAAGGAAGAAUGUAUCUCAAAGAAAUUAAAAUGUAGUGGCUUCAAGCCAUGGAAAGCAGCCUUGUCAAGGCUGCUAAUGAAGGCCUUAAGGCACUAAUAAAAUAAAAACCUCAGGCACUGAAGGAUUUA